AUGUCUCUUAACAGAGCCCUAAUCUUCAAAAAAGUCCCUACUGGCUCCCUCCCAGUCCCAGGAGAAGACCUCGCCACCGAGCCAGUCACCCAGUGCGAUCUCAACAGCGCCCCGGCAAAUGGCAUCCUGGUGCAGUCCCUCUACGCAAGUUUCGACCCCUACAUGCGAGGCCGCAUGCGCGGCGCCGAACGAAAAUCAUAUGUACCAGCAUACAAGCUCGGCACGCCCGUUGACACCUUCGCCAUCGGCAAGGUUCUCAAGACUAACAACCCAGCCUACCAAGAGGGCCAGCUUGUUAUCGGAGAACUACCUAUCCAGGAAUACGUUGCCGUCGAGGAGACAUCCAUCAGCCGCGUGCGGCCCCUGGACAAUCCCCUCGGGUUAGAAGACGUGCGUGUGUUCCUAGGCCCGCUAGGAAUGCCCGGACUUACGGCCUACUCGUCACUGUACAAGAUCGGGAAACCCAAGCGCGGCGAGACGAUAUUCGUCUCUGCGGCAAGUGGUGCCGUGGGACAGCUUGUAGGACAGCUGGCCAAGCGCGAAGGCCUCCGAGUGAUCGGGAGUGUUGGGUCCGAUGAAAAGCUCGCGUAUAUCCUGAACGAGCUGGGCUUUGACGCAGGGUUCAACUACAAACGCGAGAAGCCCCACGAGGCGUUGGCGCGGCUGGCGCCAGAAGGCAUCAACAUCUACUAUGACAAUGUGGGCGGCGACCAUCUUGAGGCGGCGCUUGAUGCCUUGAAUGAUUUUGGACGCGUGGUGGCGUGUGGGAUGAUUUCGGACGUCAGUGGGGAGCCGUACCCGGUUAAGAAUAUUCAUGCCGUGAUCACGAAGCGCUUGUACAUGCAGGGCUUCAUUGUGGCGGAUGCUGAGUUCGGUCCUGCGUAUUUCAUGGAGCAUCAGGCGAAUGUGCCGAGAUGGAUCAAGGACGGCUCGAUCAAGUGUCUCUUCCAUGAAACUGUUGGCGUUGAGAACGCUGCGGAGGGGCUGGUGGGGAUCUUCGAGGGGAAGAACAAGGGGAAGGCCUUGUUGAAGUUUUGA